AUGGCAAUAGCUUCAAUUCGAUCAUAAACAAAAUAGCAUAGAAACUAAAUUAUUGUAUACAAAAUUAAUAUUUACGUGUUAAAUAAAUUAUUUACUAAUAAUAACAUACUGAAAUAACCCAGCAGACGUAUGGAGAAGAUUUCUUACCCGUGUGAUGACUGUGACAAGCAUUUCACUCAAAUUCGCCAAUUGACGGUACACCAACGCACGCACACUGGCGAAAAAUUAUACGCUUGCAAUGUAUGCAACAAGACUUUCUCUAGAAGAAGCGGAUUGACGGCACAUCGACGCACCCACACUGGCGAAAAACCGUACGCAUGCGACGUAUGUGACAAAGCGGUUUCUGUAAAUGGUGGUUUAAUUGCACAUCGACGUACGCACAGUGGCGAAAAAUCGUACGCUUGCGAUGUAUGUGACAAGGCUUUCUCUGUAAGUAGAAAUUUUACGGCACAUCGACGCACGCACACUGGUGAAAAACCAUUCGCUUGCGACGUAUGCGACAAGCCUUUCUCGGAAAGUGGCUCAUUGGCGGCACAUCGACGCACGCACACUGGUGAAAAACCAUACAACUGUGAUCUAUGCGACAAGUCAUUCAGUAAAUGUGGCUGUUUGACAGCACAUCGAUGCACGCACACUGGUGUAAAACUGUAUGCAUGCGACAUAUGUGAAAUUUCUUUCUCUCAAAGUUGCCAAUUGACGGCACAUCGACGCACGCACACUUGCGAAAAACCGUACGCUUGCGAUAUAAUAUGUGACAAGGCUUUCUCUGUAAGUAGCAAUUUAACUACACAUCAACGCAUACACACUGGUGAAAAACCGUACAAUAUUGUGAUGAAUGCGACAAGUCACUCGUUGAAAAUGCCAGUUUGAAGAAACAUCGACUCAUGCACACUGGUGAAAAACCGUAGAACUGUGAUGUAUGCGACAAGUCAUUCAGUGAAAUUGGCCGUUUGACGGUACACAAGCAGACGCACAUGACUUACAGAUCCUAUUGAUCAAAGAUGUAUGCUA